CAGUGUCAGGUUGCACUUUUGUUUGUCAGCAGGGAACGGUCAUUUAGAAAACAGGUCUCUCGUAAAUGCUGGCUGAAACACAACCCUGCACUUUUAUUGCAGCCGCUGGGUUUUAGAGAAGCGUAUUGGUGCACCGCUUCACCCGGAUACGGUUUCACGGACGUGAGGGUGAGACAGCAGGACAGACAAUCCCCACAGUUUUGGGGAAGUUUUGAGUGAGGGCUGACGCUCAUCAGGGCGGUGAGUUUUUCCGGCUCCGGAGCAGAUUCUGCUCUGCGUCUGAGGUGUUUUUGGCUGGGACCGAGAACAUCUGGGAGCAACUGCAUCAUGUGGAUCCCGCCGCUGGCUGAGGAAAGCACAAGACCGUUGAACCCCAGGCAGGCAGUGGUUCCACGACCCGGCCGCCACAGAAGGCCCAUGACAGCUCCAAAGACUCAGAAAGAGAAGGCACACAAGAGGAAGCGAGUGUUGCUGACUGUGCUGACGGUGCUGGUGUUGCUGGGAAUACUGGCCACUGCGGCGUAUUUCAUCAAGAAGGUGAUUGACAGCAAGUACUUCUUCUGCAAACACUCCAUCACGUUCGUCCCGCUGAACAAAGCCUGCGACGGGGUGGCGGACUGUUCUCGCGGCGAAGAUGAAGUCACCUGUAUGUCAAGGCUAAAAGUCAACACCACGUUUCCAGUGCGUCUCAUAACUGGUCAGAGCGUCCUGCAGGUCUACAGCCCUGGGCCCGGAUGGAGGAGUGUGUGUAGUGACGGCUGGACUCCACGGCACACGCUGACGGCUUGUAAACAGCUGGGAUACACCCACAAACCUGAAAGCACCCGUAUUGCUGUCACUUCUUUAAAGCCGUCGCUCAGCUCCGGACCCUUCGCAGCCCUCAGGUCUGUGAGCGCCAGCACGCCGCUGCAUCAGGCCACCAGCGAGCGAAACUCAUGCAAAUCUGGAGCUGUGGUUUCUUUAACAUGCUCAGAUUGUGGGAAAGUGGGUGUGAAGGACCGUGUUGUGGGGGGCACAGACGCGCUGAUCGAAGACUGGCCGUGGCAGGUCAGCCUGCAACUGGGCGGCCACCACACCUGCGGGGGCUCGCUGGUGGCCCCGCAGUGGGUCAUUACUGCUGCCCACUGCUUCACUGGAAGCAACAAGGAGCUGAGCAGGUGGAAAGUGAUGUCAGGUCGGACGGAGUUGGGCUUGGCCGGAGGUUCCACUGUGGACAGCAUCAUUGUCAACGGAAACUACGAUCCUUCCAAGAAUGACCACGACAUCGCAAUGAUGAGACUGACCUACCCCAUCCAAGUGGGAGAGAGUCAGCUGCCAGUGUGUCUCCCCCCGAGCGCCUUUGGCCUCUCUGCUGGGGCUUCGAUGGUUGUGACCGGCUGGGGCUACCUGGAGGAAAACGGAAAGGUGUCUACAACGCUCCAGAAAGCCAACAUUCCGCUCAUGGACCGAGCCCAGUGCUCCAGCCCGAUGGUGUACGGCUCUGCCAUAACACAGCGGAUGAUCUGUGCCGGGUUCUUGAAAGGUCAGGUAGAUGCCUGUCAGGGUGACAGCGGAGGCCCACUGGUCCACUUCUCAUCCUCACGAUGGCACCUGGCUGGAGUGGUGAGCUGGGGCGUGGGCUGCGCCAGAGAGCGACGCCCCGGCGUCUACUGCAAUGUGGAGGAGAUGCUGAACUGGAUUCACACUGUCAUGCAGAAAAAUCCCUGAAAUCCCAGACCAGGACGAGCUGCUUUCAAGAGCCCACACCGUCCCACGCAGAGUGUGGAUCCGCGCUUCUGGAUGAGACAAAGGCAGCGACGCAGCUGUCGUCGUGAACGCCGCACAAAAACAUUCAGGGCGUGUUCCGUUUUGUGGCAUUUCAGGUUCUUAUCUCAGGGGACGAGUGCUUUGUUUGCGGUCUGUUGCUGGGACGUCUGGGAUUUCAUGGCACAAUAACAGUGUUGGCUUUAAAACUUUGUUGGCGGUAAUUGAAGGGCACAAAGCUCAACCACGUGACUGUUCUUGAAGGGUUUAUAUAAUACUAAUCACGCUGGCACUUGUAGUGUUCAGAGAAGAAUCACUCAAAUGUACUAAAGCAAUGGAGAGUAAAGGACCAAGCAAUAUUGUCAGCAUCUGCUUGGAACAGACACAUACACCUUAAUGCUAUUUAUGUCAAUCUCACGCUGCAUCAUAGCAAAACAAAUCACAAAUCCUUUGUGCUGAAGGUCGACGUAUUUUAUCCUGUGAUGCACUGAAGCCUGACAUGCUAAUCCAUGGGUCUGAAAACUGGCAACGGAAAACCAAAAUGAUACUUUUGUGAACGAUCCCAGCUUUGAGCUCCAGUUGUGAAUUAAAUUUCCUUUGUUGUGGAAGUCGUUCAAAGCUGUUCCACGUGGGCUGCUACUGUUUUGUCCCCCAAACAUGAGUGCAUCAUCAUCUGAGGUAAAACUGUACAAACUGUAAUGCAAAGAGGACCAAAGUUAUCGGUGAACCAAGUUUGCUGAAAUUGAUGUGAUAUGUGUUUUGUAUAAAUAUAUCAAAGGACUCAAUAAAGACGCUGUUAUGAUGGA